GCCAGCAUGAUGAUGGGGUUUAUAUAAUUUAUCCACAAGGAGCACAGCGCCCCCUGCCUGUCUACUGUGACAUGACCACUAAUGAGAAGAUCUGGACGGUGUUCCAGAACCGUCUAGAUGGCUCGGUGGACUUCCAGAAGUCAUGGCACGACUAUGUGAAUGGAUUCGGGAACGCCAAUGGGGAGUACUGGUUGGGGUUACAGAACAUUUACCUGCUGACGAUGCACAUGGAGUAUGAACUGAGGGUGGAGCUGGAAAACGCGAUGGGGGACGAAGUCUACGCCCACUACGGCAACUUCAGCCUUUCCCGCAACGCCCUGAACCCUGAGAACGAUGGCUACAGACUGUACGUGGGAAAGUUCACUGAUGGCGGAGCAGGUGAUGCCUUGACUGCCCACGUCGGUCACAUGUUCUCUACCUAUGACAAUGACCAAGAUGAGCACGUCCAGAACUGCGCGGACUACUGGGGCGGCGGGUUCUGGUACAACUCGCAGGGCUGCGGCGGCGCUGGACUUAAUGCCCGCUACAUUGCAAACAGACGGCUCCAGCAUGCUUUUUCCUGGUUCCCCUGGGUGGACUUCCCACAGACCCUGCGGGCCAGCCAGAUGAAGAUGAGGAGAGUCCCCAACUAGACA